UAUGCUUACCAAGUACCGGAGUCGGGCGUUGGUCCUUGACCCGAAAACGGCCAACGCUCGAGGGUCUGCGAUCGGCUUACGCAGCUCAAGCAGCUCAACUUCACAUACUCUACGACUCCAAAGUCUAUAAAGAUGCCGUUGGGUGGACGACAAUCUGACUUGAGCACACCUUGGUCUACUCGCGUGGCAUUGUAUUCCUCUGGACCAACUUUUGUAUCUCACCGCCGACUCUCAGCCUGAGCCAUGUCUGCUUUCCUCAUCAAAGACGUCCGGAUCUUCGACGGGGACAAUACCAUCGAACAUGGCAGUGUCCUGGUAAAGGACGGCAAAAUUGCCCAAGUCUCAUCAUCCCCGAUCGCAUUCGAGGGCCCAACUUUCUCAAGACCCGGCCACACCCUUCUGCCCGGCCUCAUCGAUGCCCAUAUUCAUGCCAACGGCGGCAGUCCAGUGGCCCUACCGCAGUCGUUGAGAUUCGGGGUCACGACCGUCUGCGAUAUGCACAAUGAGUAUCAUAAUGUUGAGAAGCUGCGCCGGCAAGUUGAAGGGGGAGAUUGCGCGGAUUUGAAGACUACGAGUUUUGCGGCGACCAUUGAUAUGGGCUGGCCAGUGCCGAUUGUUAUGAUGCAUGACAAGAGUGAAGAAACCCUCACCGAAGUAGCAACAUGGCCCAAACUCGUCACGCCCGAAGAUGGCAGACGCUACGUCCAAGACCGCCUCAAGGAAAACGUCGACUACAUCAAGCUCAUGCACGAAUCCGGAGCCAUCAUGGGCACCGAGUUCAACAAGCCCUCGCUCGAGCUGCAGAAAGCCAUCAUCGACGAAGCCCACAAAGCCGGCCUCCGCGUCGUCGCGCACUCCCUCGCCCUCUCCGAUACUCUCGAGAUUCUCGGGGCGGGCGUUGAUGGCAUGGCGCACACUUUUGUCGAUCAGCCGCCGACUGAGGAGCUUCUCGCUGCGUACAAGCGGUACAACGCACAUUGUAAUCCUACCUUGGCAACGUUGGCUAGUGCUACGACCGAGGGGAAGGAGCUUCAGGAGAAGUUUGCUCACGAUCCCAGGGUGCAGCAUCUUAUUGGUGAGGAAGAGAGGCACCGAUUGUGCCAGUGCAUGAGCUUUGCCUCCAAGUUCCGGGUCGAGCAUUCUUUCGAGACCGUGAGGCAAUUGAAGAAUGCUGGAAUUGAUAUUGUCUGGUGAGUUGCUCUGAUUCCGCACUUCCUCCGCCAUCGAGCUGACAUAUCAUCCAGCGGUACGGAUGCCGCAGGUCCCGCCAUAGGCACGGCCUGGGGACUCUCACUUCACCAAGAGCUAUCGCUUUUCGUGAACGAGUGUGGCUUCACGCCCGCGGAAGCCCUUCGGUCUGCUACAUCCGUCACGGCGAGAAGAUUCAAUUUUCCGGAUCGUGGACGAAUCCAAGAGGGCUUGCGGGCGGAUUUGACGUUGGUGGAGGGCAACCCGUUGGAAGACAUCGAUCACACCUUGAACUUAAGAGGUGUUUGGACGACGGGGAAGCUUUGCUCGGCUUACAAGAAUUAUUUCAGCGGCAAUUAGGGAGGUGUUGAGCCGGAAACGUCCAUUCCAGUG